AGGUAGUGCAAGAGAAAAACAGGAACUCCGGCUAGCUUUUGUUUUCGUCAGAUUUCUAGCAAGUCCUAAAACCCUUCGGAUUCUAACUAUAGGGUUUUAGCAGCAAAGAACAAUAAUCAGCAGCGAUGAUUCACGCCGCAGCUAAGCUAUCAAGGUCGGCCAUUGCCGUCUGUCGAAACUCCCGAAUGGGACACAUCUCCAGAACUUCAUCGCAGCCGUUGAGAUUCCUGCACGAUGGAAUCAAUGGUCCCAGUGCCAACCCAGUUGCUGUUCAGAUGAUCAAUUACGCUCUUUCACAUGCCAGGUCCCAGAAAUCAGAUGAAUCAUAUGCUCAAGGCAUGCUGAUAUUGGAGCAGUGUCUUUCUACUCAGUCAAGUGAAAGUGAUGGUCAAUUUGCUCAAAAUUCUAUUGGAACAGUGUUACUUGCAAUGUCUACUUUAUUGUAUGAAAGAGGAAGUUUUGAAGAAGCAAUUGAAAAGCUCCGUAGAGUCCAAGAUUUAACACAAUCUUCCUUGGGUGUUAGAGUUGCUGCUACGGAAGCUCUUGUCGGUCUCUAUUUGCAGCAGGGCCAGGAUGAUACUUCAUCAGUGCUCGCAGAUAAAUGCUUAGAACUUCUUGAUAAAGAUGAUUUAAAAAGCAUUGCUCGUGCCAAAGCAGUGAAGGGGCUAGUUGAGCUUGUCAAUGGUAACCUUGAGUCAGCCACAUCAUUUUUUCAAGGACUCCAAGAUAAUGAGGAUUGCAAUGGCACUGUUGCUUUGUCGUAUGGAGAAUUUCUACACGCCACACAAAACUUUUCACUGGCCAAGGAAUUAUACCAAAAAAUAAUUGAAGGAGUUCUAAGAAAGGAAGAUUUUAGCGACACAAAUUCCUUAGCAGUUUGCAAUAUGGCUCCAGAUGAAGUGUUGCUUGCUGCAACCUUUGCCUUGGGGCAACUUGAGUCACACAUGGGGAAUUUUGGUGCUGCAGAGGAGAUAUUGACAAAGGCACUAACUAAAACAGAAGAAUACUUUGGCUCUCAUCAUCCCAAGGUUGGUCUUGUCUUAACAUGCAUAGCUCUCAUGUUUCGGACCAAAGCAAGGCAAGAGCAUUCAAGUGCUCAUCUAAUUCAAGAGGGACUUUACAGGAGGGCUUUAGAGUUUCUGAAAGCACCACCGUUGGAGUCUAAAGAGACAAAACUUGAUCGAAGGGAUAUUUCAGCCCUUGCAAGAGGUGGGUAUGCAGAAGUACUUUGUGUUCAACAGAACAGGAAGACGGAGGGAGAGAAAAUGAAAACAUGGGCAGAAGCUGCAUGGAGAAACCGUCGCAUGUCACUAGCUGACGCAUUGGACAUCUCAGAACCUUCCAAUAAGGUGCCAGUUAUAGAUGCUCGAAUUAGCCGAGUCUUGUAGAUCAUCUUGUGCUUGUUCUAACACGAAUAUGCUUUAUUUAAAAGGAAAUAUGAGAAUUUCUCUGAUCCUCUGAAACAAUAAUUCUCCUGUAGAUGCCGGGACAGGAAUCUUAGAUCAUUCUGUAGUUUCUUCAUUUGGUUAGGUUUGCCAGAGAAUCCUCGGUAAUAAGUUCAAUUCGGCAGAGUGUAAAAUGAUGCAGUGUGCAGGAGAAGAAUCUUUGAACGGCUGUACCUAUAAUUUAAUGUGAGAUGACCAUGUUUUAGGAUA